CUGGUUACCGUUGGUGUUUGUGAAUUCCCUGCAGCGACUUCUUUGCUGGAGACCAGCGCAGCGGUGUUUCUGCAGCGGUUCGAUACGCGCGCGCCCGGCGGCUCGCGUCACGUGGGCCAAAGCUACCUCGUGGUCCCCGGCUGGCGGCUGAACCGGGAGGAAGGAGCUGCGGCCACCGCUCGCCCUCCCACAGCGCCCUAGGGCGGGCACGCGGAUAAAAAUGGCGAAGUGGGGGUAGUUGGCGCCGAAGCGAUGGGGCGCGCUAGUGGGGCGGUCGUUGGAACCUCCUAACGUGGGCGCCGGGUUCUCCGCAGCAAUUGGAAGUGGCGACCUCGGGCCGUCACCUACUAGGUCAGACCACGGACUCCGUGGGUCGCCGAGGGCCCCGCCGGGAUUCGGAGGCAAUGGAUGAACAGAGUGUGGAGAGCAUUGCUGAGGUUUUCCGAUGUUUCAUUUGUAUGGAGAAGUUGCGAGAUGCUCGCCUGUGUCCUCAUUGUUCCAAGCUUUGUUGUUUCAGCUGUAUCAGGCGCUGGCUGACAGAGCAGAGAGCUCAGUGUCCUCAUUGCCGUGCUCCACUCCAGCUACGAGAACUAGUAAACUGUCGUUGGGCAGAAGAAGUAACACAGCAGCUUGAUACUCUUCAACUCUGUAGUCUCACCAAACAUGAAGAAAAUGAAAAGGACAAAUGUGAAAAUCACCAUGAAAAACUUAGUGUAUUUUGCUGGACUUGUAAGAAGUGUAUCUGCCAUCAGUGUGCACUUUGGGGAGGAAUGCAUGGUGGACAUACCUUUAAACCUUUGGCGGAAAUUUACGAGCAGCAUGUUACUAAAGUGAAUGAAGAGGUAGCCAAACUUCGUCGGCGUCUCAUGGAACUAAUUAGCUUAGUUCAAGAAGUGGAAAGAAAUGUAGAAGCUGUAAGAAAUGCAAAAGAUGAGCGUGUCCGGGAAAUUAGGAAUGCAGUGGAGAUGAUGAUUGCUCGGCUUGACACACAGCUGAAGAACAAGCUUAUAACCCUCAUGGGUCAGAAGACUUCUCUGACACAAGAAACGGAACUUUUGGAAUCCUUACUUCAGGAGGUAGAGCACCAGUUGCGAUCUUGUAGUAAAAGCGAGUUGAUAUCUAAGAGCUCAGAGAUCCUCAUGAUGUUCCAGCAAGUUCAUCGAAAGCCCAUGGCGUCCUUCGUCACCACUCCCGUUCCGCCGGAUUUUACCAGUGAAUUAGUACCAUCAUAUGAUUCAGCUACUUUUGUUUUAGAGAAUUUCAGCACUUUGCGCCAGAGAGCAGAUCCUGUUUACAGUCCACCUCUUCAAGUUUCAGGACUUUGCUGGAGGUUAAAAGUUUACCCAGAUGGAAAUGGAGUUGUUCGUGGUUACUACUUGUCUGUGUUUCUGGAACUCUCAGCUGGCUUGCCUGAAACUUCCAAAUAUGAAUAUCGUGUAGAAAUGGUUCAUCAGUCCUGCAAUGAUCCUACAAAAAAUAUCAUUCGAGAAUUUGCAUCUGACUUUGAAGUUGGAGAAUGCUGGGGUUAUAAUAGAUUUUUCCGUUUGGACUUACUUGCAAAUGAAGGAUACUUGAAUCGACAAAAUGAUACAGUGAUUUUAAGGUUUCAGGUUCGUUCACCAACUUUCUUUCAAAAAUGCCGGGACCAGCAUUGGUAUAUUACUCAAUUGGAGGCUGCACAGACUAGCUAUAUCCAACAAAUAAAUAAUCUUAAAGAGAGACUUACUAUUGAGUUAUCUCGAACUCAGAAAUCAAGAGAUUUGUCACCACCAGCUAAUCAUCUUAGCCCCCAAAAUGACGACACUCCCGAGGCACGAUCCAAGAAGUCUGGGUCCGCUGUUGACAUCCUUCUCCCGGACGGUCCUACUUCAGCUUCUGUAAGAGAGGCCAAGGAGGAUGAAGAUGAGGAGAAGAUUCAGCAUGAAGAUUAUCAUCAUGAGCUUUCGGACGGGGAUCUGGAUCUGGAUCUUGUUGGCGAAGAUGAAGUAAAUCACCUCGACGGCAGCAGCUCCUCUGCCAGUUCCACGGCCACAAGUAACACAGAGGAAAAUGACAUUGAUGAAGAAACGAUGUCUGGAGAAAAUGAUGUGGAGUACAACAACAUGGAACUGGAAGAGGGGGAGCUCAUGGAAGAUGCGGCUGCUGCAGGACCCGCAGGUAGUAACCAUGGCUAUGUAGGUGCCAGUAGCAGAAUGUCAAGAAGAGCACAUUUGUGCUCUGCUGCUACCAGUAGUUUAUUAGACAUUGAUCCUUUCAUUUUAAUACAUUUGUUGGACCUAAAGGACCGGAGCAGCAUGGAAAACCUGUGGGGCUUACAGCCUCGCCCGCCUGCUUCACUGUUGCAGCCCACAGCCUCAUAUUCUCGAAAAGAUAAAGAUCAAAGGAAGCAGCAGGCAAUGUGGCGCGUUCCCUCUGACUUAAAGAUGCUAAAAAGACUCAAAACUCAAAUGGCUGAAGUUCGAUGUAUGAAAACUGAUGUAAAGAAUACACUUUCAGAACUGAAAAGCAGCAGUGCUGCUUCUGGAGACACGCAGACAAGUCUUUUGUGUGCUGACCAGGCAGCCCUGGCUGCAUGUGGAACCGAAAACUCGGGCAGGUUACAGGACUUAGGAAUGGAGCUCCUGGCAAAGUCAUCGGUUGCCAGUUGUUACAUACGAAACUCCACAAGUAAGAAGAGUAAUUUGCCCAAGCCGGCUCGGUCCAGUAUAGCAGGUAGUCUGUCACUUCGAAGAGCAGUGGACUCGGGAGAAAGCAACCUGUCAAAGGGAGACUGUCAGCCUCUGUCUGAAGGUUCCCCGGGGAGCUCGCAGGCCGGGAGCAGGCACAGCUCUCCCCGAGCCUUGGCGCACGGCAGUGUCAGCGACGUCCCACCGCCGAAGCUCGAAGACCGGCAGUGUCAGGCUUCCGGUUUGGAUGCUGUUGUGGUUGCAGUCGUCAGUGGCUUGCCCGCCAUGGAGAAAAGGAGGAAAAUGGUCCCCUUGGGGGCUAAUGUUAAAGGAGGUUGUUUGGAAGGAAUGCAAAUAACUGACUUGGAAAAUAAUUCUGAAACUGGGGAACUACAGCCUACACUGCCUGAAGGAGCUUCAGUUGCCCCAGAGGAAGCAGGAAUGAGCAGUGACAGUGACGCGGAAUGUGACACUGAGAACGAGGACCAGGACGAGCACACCGGCCUGGGCGGGUUUCACGACUCUUUCCUGGCUCAGCCCCCAGACGAAGAUGCACAUUCCAGUUUUCCUGAUGAUGAACAAAUAGGCCCUGAGGAUUUCAGCUUCAACACUGAAGACAAGAGUGGAAGGUAAUUUCCAAACCAAGAGAACUGACUUGCAAGCUAUCCUGACCCCGAAAUGUGCUGUAAGUUGGUGCUCAAAUUGUCAUCUGUCAGAUAAUCAGAUUUGGUCUGAUUUUUUUUCAUCAUACCUACCUGAAGUAGUAAUGCCGAAACUUUAGGAAGUAGCACAAUUCUAGUAUAAGACAUUAGUACACAGGGAAAAAUUAAGGGUGUGAGGGAAAUUCUGUGUGAUGUAAUGAAUAAACACUUAAUCCUUAAUUAAUUUAGUGAAAUAGUAUAUUUGUAAAAAGCAGUUUGCUACAACAGAAGGGCAAUUAACUGCCAGAAAACGCCCCUAGAGACGGUGCGCGCGCUUGGUGGUGCUCCGCACGGGCGCCCCUCUGCUUCCGGCUAGAUGCUCGGUCGUGCCCAGUGGCCCACCUUCACACUGUGCGCGUUAAACACUGCACAUUUCACCAUGCCCACAGGUCAGUGAAGAGAAGAAUUACUUAUUCGUAGGUUCUGCCCUGUAGAUACUUUAUGUGAGUGACUGAAGUGACACUAGACUGAAUCUCCUCUGGAGUGUGCUGACUGAAGUUAACUUAUCUCUUGUUUUUUCAAAUGCAGGCACACUGAUUAGUGGCACAUACUCUUUCUGUUGUGUGACUUUUACAAAUGUAAUUUUAAAUGAAUUGAGUUGAUGGAGAUUGGCCAUGUUCCUCGUUAUAUAUACGUGUGUAAGAUCAUUUAAAAUUACUUCAUUGUUAUGCCUCUAAAGUACAAGUGUUUAAAAGUCCUCUUCUUUAUUUUUAUUCACUGGACAUUGAUUUCAGUGUCGCUACUUCUAACAAUGUACGUGUACUGCCGUGGUUCACACGGAACUGGGGUGUGAGGGUGGCUGCUACACUGCGGUUAGCCCAGAACUGUUGCCAGACUUGGCUGCUGUGCUCCUGCAUUUGUGCUUGAGCUGCUGGCCUGUGGGUGAAAGUCGCACUGAAAGUUGACAAGGAAACUAUUGGAAAAGCAUGAAUAUAUAUAUAUGUGAGAGGCAUCUCAUCUGCUUAAAUUUUAACAUUGUUCACUUUUCCAUGUCUAAUGUCUUGCUGGUUGCUGUGAUUCAUGGUUUGCUCUUGUUCAAAACACUUUGCACUUUUUGCUAAUAAAAUGACCUUGAGAAAA